AAAUCCUCCACCUACUUUACUUCAUCCGGAAAAAUGGUGUGAAGAAUUCAACCACUUUAUUUCACAGUGUCUCAUUAAGGAUUUUGAAAAGCGACCUUCGGUCACACAUCUCCUCGACCACCCAUUUAUUAAAGGAGUCCACGGGAAGCUUUUGUUUCUGCAGAAGCAGCUGGCCAAAGUCCUCCAAGACCAGAAGCAUCUAAAUCCUGUUGUUAAAACCAGGCAUGAACGGAUGCAUACCAAAAGACCCUAUCAUGUGGAAGAUGCUGAAAAAUACUGCCUUGAGGAUGACUUGGUCAAUAUGGAAGUCCUGGAUGAGGAUACAAUUAUUCAUCAGCUGCAGAAGCGUUAUGUGGACUUACUUAUUUACACAUAUGUUGGAGAUAUCUUAAUUGCCUUAAACCCCUUCCAGAAUCUAAGCAUAUAUUCUCCACAGUUUUCCAGACUGUAUCAUGGAGUGAAACGUGCCUCAAAUCCCCCCCACAUAUUUGCAUCAGCAGAUGCUGCUUACCAAUGCAUGGUUACUUUCAGCAAAGACCAGUGCAUUGUCAUCAGCGGAGAAAGUGGCUCUGGGAAGACAGAAAGUGCCCACCUGAUCGUUCAGCAUUUGACCUUCUUGGGAAAGGCAGAUAAUCAGACCUUGAGAGAAAAAAUUCUGCAAGUCAACUCUCUGGUGGAAGCCUUUGGAAAUGCAUGCACUGCCAUCAAUGACAAUUCCAGCCGUUUUGGAAAAUAUCUGGAAAUGAUGUUUACACCAACUGGAGCUGUGAUGGGAGCAAGAAUCUCUGAAUAUCUCCUUGAAAAAUCCAGAGUUAUAAAACAGGCGGUAGGAGAGAAAAAUUUUCACAUAUUUUACUAUAUUUAUGCUGGUCUUUAUCACCAAAAGAAACUUUCUGAGUUCCGACUUCCUGAGGAAAAGCCUCCUAGGUACAUAGCUGAUGAAACUGGAAGGGUGAUGCAUGACAUAACUUCCAAGGCAUCUUACAGAAGAGAGUUUGAAGCAAUUCAGCAUUGCUUCAGGAUUAUAGGAUUCACUGACAAGGAGGUGCACUCAGUGUACAGGAUAUUAGCUGGGAUUUUGAAUAUUGGAAACAUUGAGUUUGCAGCUAUUUCCUCUCAGCAUCAAACAGAUAAAAGUGAGGUGCCCAAUGCAGAAGCCUUGGAAAAUGCUGCCUUGGUUCUCUGCAUCAGCCCUGAAGAGCUCCAGGAGGCUCUCACCUCACACUGCGUGGUCACCCGGGGCGAGACCAUCAUCCGCGCCAACACUGUGGACAGGGCCUCAGAUGUCAGAGAUGCCAUGUCCAAAGCCCUGUAUGGGAGGCUUUUCAGCUGGAUUGUAAAUCGCAUCAAUACACUUCUGCAGCCAGACAAAAACAUAUGUACUGCAGACGAUGGUUUGAAUGUGGGGAUCUUGGACAUUUUUGGAUUCGAAAACUUUCAGAGAAAUUCGUUUGAGCAGCUCUGCAUAAACAUCGCCAAUGAGCAAAUUCAAUACUAUUUCAAUCAGCAUGUUUUUGCUCUCGAGCAGAUGGAGUAUCAGAACGAGGGCAUUGAUGCUACACCCGUGGAGUAUGAGGACAAUCGCCCCCUCUUGGAUAUGUUCCUCCAGAAACCCCUGGGACUGCUUGCACUUUUGGAUGAGGAAAGUCGGUUUCCUCAGGCAACAGACCAGACCCUAGUUGAUAAAUUUGAAGAUAAUCUUCGAUGCAAAUACUUCUGGAGGCCCAAAGGAAUGGAGCUGUGCUUUGGCAUUCAGCACUAUGCUGGAAAGGUAUUAUAUGAUGCUUCUGGGGUUCUUGAGAAAAACAGAGACACUCUUCCUGCUGAUGUGGUGGUCAUACUGAGGGCAUCAGAAAACCAGCUUCUCCAGCAACUCUUCUCAAUCCCUUUGACUAAAACAGGUAACUUGGCCCAGACAAGAGCCAGGAUAACAGCAGCCUCAAGAUCUUUGCCUCCGCAUUUCAGUUCUGGGAGACUCAAGGUGGACACUCUGGAGGUGAUACGGCAUCCGGAAGAAACCACCAACAUGAAGGGGCAAACUAUGGCUUCUUACUUCCGGUAUUCUCUGAUGGAUCUGCUCUCUAAAAUGGUGGUGGGACAGCCGCACUUUGUACGCUGCAUCAAGCCCAAUGAUGACCGAGAGGCCCUGAAGUUCUCCACAGACAAAGUGCGGGCCCAGCUCCGCUCCACGGGCAUCCUAGAGACAGUCAGCAUCCGCCAGCAGGGGUAUUCUCACCGCAUCCUCUUCGAGGAGUUUGUGAAAAGGUAUUAUUACUUGGCAUUCAGAGCACAUCAAACACCUCUUGCUAGCAAAGAGAGUUGCAUCGCUAUCUUGGAAAAGUCCAGAUUAGAUCACUGGCUGCUGGGAAAAACAAAGGUUUUUCUCAAGUAUUAUCAUGUCGAGCAGUUAAAUUUGCUGCUGCGGGAAGUCAUAGGCAGAGUGGUUGUGCUGCAGGCCUAUGCCAAGGGGUGGCUGGGAGCCAGGAGAUACAGAAGAGUCAGAGAGAAGAGAGAGAAGGGGGCUGUUGCCAUCCAGUCAGCCUGGAGAGGAUAUGAUGCUCGGAGGAAAUUUAAGAAAAUAAGCAACAGAAGGAGUGAGUCUGCUGUUCAUAUUCACGCAGGGUGCCCUUCAGACCAAAGCAGUGAUCCACAGCCCACCAUCACAGGGGGUCCCAGGGGAACUGUGCAGGUUCAGUUCUCCAGUGAGCCUGCUGACCACAAAGUUCUGAGGGGCUCUGGCGAUCAUAAAAGCAGCCCACAAGCAGAAUCCAGCAAUGGCCAUGCAGACACUUCAAGUACCUCUCCUGUCACUGAGAAAAAUUGGCAUUCACAAGCCCAGAGUUCUUCCAAAGGGUGUGAUGUCUUCGCAGGACACUCAAAUAAGAUAUGCCAUGCUGCUCCAGAUUGCCCAGGACUGAGUCCCUCGAGGGGAGCCCCUGCAAAAUUUUGUGAACAUCCAGUAGUAAAGUAG